ACAACUUCACAAACCCAACCACAACACAACGCACUUCACACACUUCAACUUUCGAUCCAGCUGCGGAUCCAGACUCAACUACAAAACACACUUCAAUCCCCUCAAUCAACCCUACCAAAUCAAUCAAGAUGUCUGCUCCUCAAGUCGGAGAUGCCCUCCCGGCCGAUACCACCUUCUCUUACGUCCCUUACAGCCCUGAGAACGCUGAUUUCAAGGCCUGUGGCAUGCCAGUGCCAUACAAUGCGUCCAAGGAAUGGGCCAACAAGAAGGUCGUCCUCUUCUCAGUCCCUGGUGCCUUCACCCCCACCUGCUCCGUCUCCCACCUCCCCGGCUACCAAGCCGCGCUCCCCGAGCUGAAGGCCAAGGGCGUCGACAUCGUCGCCGUCGUCGCCUCCAACGACCCGUGGGUCAUGUCCGCCUGGGCCAAGGCCUCGGGCGUCAAGGACGACAGCAUCCUGUUCCUGAGCGAUACCGAUACCAAGCUUGCUUCUGCGUGGGGAUGGGCUGCGGGCGGACGCACUGGGCGCUGGGCUGUUGUGUUGGAGAAUGGGAAGGUGACUUAUGCGGGUAAGGAGGAGGGACAGGGCGUCACUGUUAGUGGUGCUGAGGCUGUUCUUGCGAAGUUGUAGGUGGAUGGUGUGGAGGUGCCUGAGCUUUGCAUGGCUUUCGUGGGGGAUGUGGCAUGGCUUUCGUGAUGAAUGUGGCAUGGCUUUCAUGGAGAAUCGCAGGAGGUAGAUGAUACAGUGGUGGACAAUUAAGUCUCCUCAGGGAUUUCUACAAUAGAGAACUCUGCUCUUCAUUCUACUCGAGCAGUAUGUGAUCUCUGAGAUUUUAUCUUGACGAAGAAAGUGGUUUGUUGGCGGUGAUUACGCCUCAUCUCGCCCCGCACCUAGUAGAUUUAUCUCACCCACCACUAGGCUGCGCACUGGGUACUCACGAGUCGAGUAGUAGAAUUUUUACUCACCCAGCUGAGUUACUCGCUCAUGUCCCGAGUAUUGUUGAAUGAGGAUUACUCACUUGCUGAGUACCUAGUAUGGGUCUUGGCAACUCAGUUAUAUCACGUGUUUGAUUAGCCAUUACUUAUGUUAAAAACGGGGUGCGACUUCAUUGAUCAAGACGCCAUAACUCCAACUCCAUUCCCAUAUUGUUGAUGUCCUAUUCCAC